AUGCAAAUGCGGAGGAUGCUCCUCGGUCUGGUUGCCUUGAUUUCGGCGGUGAGCUCGGCUGCUGUGAUGCCAAGGAACGGACGUGGAGGUGGUGGAAAGCUGUCUCGUCCCGCAUUUUCCAAACUGGCUCGUCAGGAGCCCGAAGAUACAAAAUACUUUCGUAAGUUUUUCUUUGGAGAUCGUUCCCUUGCUAUCGAGGUGCUGACAUUUCGUCCGGUUUCAGAUGAACCUGGGUUUGUUGCCUCGCCACCGAAUACCCCCGCAUUCCCGUUACCUCGCGCAGAUGUGACUAACCCUGGAUUCGACAGCAACACCGACUUGACAGGGCAUUAUGAUGAGAGGUAAGUCCACUUCAGCCAAAGCCGGUUCCUGGUCAAAGGGGGGGGGGGGGGCUAAAUCCGACUGUAGAUUCUUCUCGGGGGUUGUCGACUACGAUGCACGACUGGAUACGCUCAAGCAUAUGGUGCGAGCAUGGCUUCUCACGACAGCUAAGGAGGGGAUAGAGACAUGGAUAGCUCAUGGCACACUCCUUGGGUGGUGGUGGAACGGUCAAGUCAGUACCCGGAACCCCGGUGGAGCCGCCGGCAAUCACUAAAGUUAUGGCAGAUUCUUCCGUGGGAUUGGGAUCUCGAUGUUCAGAUGUCCGCCGACACGCUGACCAUGAUUGGCGACAAGUACAACAUGACCCGACACAAGUACGUUUCGGAGGAUGGCCUGGUGGUGCGUGAAUACCUGCUGGAUGUGAAUCCGUGGAUUUGGCAAAGGGUUAGGGGGGACGGAAUGAAUGUUAUUGACGCGAGGUGGAUCGAUGUCCGAAACGGGUUAUACAUUGAUAUCACGGGCAUUGCGGAAACCCAGCCCGACUCGAUGCCCAAAAUUCUCAAUUGCAAGAAUUAUCACCGCUACCACGUAAGCAUCCGAAACACCGAUCAAGGUCAACGGGGGGGGAAGGCUCGCACAUGGCCGUGCACGUCCUCCUCACCAAGAUUCCAAACGCACUCGACUAAUUGGAUUGCUACAGGUCAACGAUAUCUGGCCGCUCCGUGACACCACAUUCGAAGGCGCUCCCGCGAAAAUUCCGUACAGCUUUGACGAAAUUCUCAUCGCGGAGUACAGGUCCAAAGCACUGGUUGUGACUGAGUACGAAGGGUAUGCUUACCCCGCUGCCCCGUGUCUUAUCCCGAAAAGAUCCGCUGACAUUACGUCCCACAUAGUCACCGGUGGAACACCAAAAGCAAGACUUGGGAUCUAGCCAACGAUGCCCCAGCCGGUCCGGAAGCGGAGCGAUUGAGCAACCAUAUCCGGGAACCCGAGAGGUAUUACAGCGUCGAAUCGGGUGGUUUCUUCUACAACGUCUUCCGCUUGCUGCAUUGGUGGUGAUCUCUGACUGGUGUUCACGUGCAUUCUGGGGGACGCAAGGGGAAGGAGGUUCUUGUACAUGCUUUCUAGGGUCAUCUUGUGAAUAUUGGCGUUGCAUUAGAUUGUAUAUUUGGGGUGGAUUCUAGGGGCUAGGGGAUGGAUGGAAUGGGGGGGUUCCCCGUAUGACACCGCGUCGAUACUUUCCUUUCUCUUGAUCUGCUUCUUUUGGUCUACGCUUUCAUUUUGGAUUACUAGCAGAGGUAUCAUCUUUUUUUUUCCUUUCCCCUUUUUAAAACUGGUUCAUGGGGCGUUACGCUGCUUUUUCCGCAGAUUUUUUUCUUUUCCCUCAAACUUGUUCGCAUUGGUCUCGGUUGGGUUUUUUCUCUUACAAAACGCUCGUUAUUGGCGCUCUUUUACUUUGGGCGUUGAACUCUUUAUUUUCAUUUUUCAGGGUCUUGGAAUCAUUCCAGCGCCGGUUAAUUCAUAGAUGGGGUAGGAUAGGUAGGGUAGGGGAUGGGAAGGAAGUGGGGAGAAGGAAAGACGGAUGAGGAAACGAGAGUGUUUAUAGGUAGAUAUGUUGGGGGGAGAGAGGAUAGAAUUUAAUGGUUAGACACCAGUCUUGUGUUUUUUGUUUUUGAGCUGUGGUAUUACAUUAUAGGUGAUGCUCUUGCUGAAUAGUCUCGGUACUGUGUUAUCAUAGCACUGUACCAUUGGGAUGCUUAUAAAAAUGGGGGGAGAAGAAUGGUACGCAUCCCAAACCGUGUUACUUUACGCUUUCCGCUCAAUAUAUUCUGAAGCUGUAAGAAAUUUGAAGAAUUGAUGGUAUCAUAUGAUACCGUCCAGAAUUCUUUCCCCGAGUGCCCACGCAUCAACAGGCUGCUGGCUGCUCGUGAUACGCCCUGACAUUUUUACCCUCUGGGUGAGGGCGAGGCCGCGAUUAUAUAAGCAGGACAGCCUGAGGACUUGUCAGCGACUUUGAACCUUCCACCACCAACCUGUCGGGUGGCCUGCAGGUGUAUGUACGAGUACCGGUACAAGUACUCGUACUGUACCGUGCCUGUGUCAUAAAACUCGUUACCGUACGGCAGUGUACUCGCACAGUACCGGUACUCGAGUACAGUACAGUACAUGCAGCCCAGGUCAAACAUGUAUCACCGCCCAACCACGGGUAGGGUAUCCAGCCAUCCCUCCCUCCCUCCCUCCCGCCCUCCGCAGUUGCGUGCAGAUAUGAUACAAUACUCGUACUGUGUGUAUCAUCCAGAAGCAUGGACUACGGUACGGUACUGUGUGGUUCCGCUACCAAUCAACCGGAUUUUUUCAGCCGUCGACAAUGGCUUCUCACGUGCUCCACACUUUUGUUCGAGUCCGACAUUGUAUUUAUAUUCCCGAGAAGUUUCUCUCUCCAUCAUGGUAUCCCCACCGAUUUGACUUUGACUUUGAAUUUGAAUUGGGGUUUUUUAUAAUUUGUUUUGUGUUGAUGUGAUAUAUAAUAUUAUACAGUAGAUUAGGGUUCCGAUGGGUGGGUGCCUUUUGGGUACUUCUGGGGAAAUGGUCUGCGAGUGAGUGCACCACGCUGUGUUAUCGUAAUGCGGGGAUGGUACUGGGCCGUAUCACAUCAUAAGUCAGUCUAUAUGUAGUACCGUAUUGUAUGUACCCCCCUCCACGUCGGACCAGUUCCGUGAGGAGGCUAGAUAGAUGCUCAUGUGUGCGCGGUGUGUUGCCAUUCAAUGAUCGAAAUGGAAGGUGCGGAUCUUCUCAUUCACCUUCUACCUCAACGGAGUAUCUAUCAUACGGUAGGGCACGGUACAGUAAGUUACAUCACUGUACUAGCACGGCAAUCUCAAACACGGAAUUCCAAAAGGAACCAUUGCAAGAAGUGAUGUUGUGCGUUAUUGUACUGUACUCGUACAAGUACCGUAGGGAAUUGUCUCUCUUUCCUCACAAAAUGUCCUAUAAUAAUUAUAUGGAUGAAGACCGCACCCGUCUCGCUUUCUACAUUUGGAGCACGGCAGCGGAAGACAGCGACAGGUUUGUCUCGGCAGAGAUGGAAAACACUCGUUAUGAUACCAUGAUAGAGGGUGCCCGUUUAUUAUUAACUUGUGUGAUACCCGGUAUACAAGUGCGAGUAUGGUAUCAUCAUACCCAAUUCAUGGAGGAACCCCCGCACAGGAAUCCGAAAGGGAUUCAAUUCAAUUCACAAGAACGAACGAACGAACGAACGAACGAGUCUCGGCAUUGUUCCCCGCGGCUGAAAUCCACAUGAUCGGUCCCUCAAAGCCGUGAUUCCCCACGAUUUAUGCUAUGAUAUGAUACGACAGGCCAUUAUUUCUCGAUUUCGGCACAACACUGUGCUGGUACCAUACAAUACAAUACACAGGAUGGAGAAGAAGAAACUGGCAAAACUACGGUCCGGUAUUCACUGUGGUAUGAUAUGAAUUCCUAUGGAAAAGAAAAAAAUCAAAAAAUCCUUUUCCU